CUCGCCUUUUCGUUCUGACUCUCACUGUCCUCACCAGUCCGCACUGUUACGAGCAAUGGCCGACACUGCUCUGAUCAACACAGAGCUCACUGCCCUAACGCUCGUCUCGAAGGGCAAGGUCCGCGAUGUCUACGCGACCUCUUCUCCCGAACACCUGUUGUUCGUAGCCACGGACCGCAUUUCAGCGUACGAUGUCAUCCUGCGCAACGGCGUCCCCGACAAGGGCAAAGUGCUUACCAAGAUCUCGCUGUUCUGGUUUGAGAAGCUGAAGGACAUCAUCCCAACGCAUUUUAUAACCGCAAACGUUGAUGAGAUGCCCGAAGAAGUAAAACAGUACGGCAGCCAGAUAGAAGGCAGGGCGAUGCUCGUCAAGAAGGCGAAGGUCGUACCCCUCGAGGCCAUCGUCCGGGGUUAUCUAACUGGAUCCGGAUGGGCGGAGUACAAGAAGUCCGGGACAGUACAUGGUAUCCCCCUACCUGCAGGGCUCGUCGAGUCGCAGAAGCUCCCUCAGCCGUUGUUCACGCCCUCUACGAAGGCCGAGCAAGGACAGCACGACGAGAACAUAUCACCACAACGCGCCGCCUCAAUAGUCGGGCAGGAUCUGUAUGACAAAAUCUCAGUCGCGGCCAUCAAGCUGUAUCAAGCCGCCGCGGACUACGCCCUAACGCGCGGUCUCAUCCUUGCAGACACGAAGUUCGAGUUCGGGCUCAUUCCGUCGCCUUCCGGCGGGGAGGAACUGAUCCUGGUCGACGAGCUGCUCACGCCAGACUCAUCUCGGUACUGGCCUGCUGAAGGCUACAAACCCGGAGGAACGCAGCCAAGUUUCGACAAGCAGUACUUGCGGGACUGGUUGACCAGCACGGGCUUCAGGAAAGGGUUUGAAAGCGGCCCGGAAGGAAAGGAGGGAGAGGGGUGGGUCAUGGAGACGAGUGUGGUGGAGGGGACGAGGGAAAGGUAUUUUGAAGCCUUGAAGAUGCUGGUGGGCGAAGACGUUACGUUGUAAGUGUUCGCAGCAAUCGUGCCGUAAAAUGUAGCUAUAUGUUUUCUAUAUUCAUAACAAAGCCGGCGAAUAUCUUUCAUCGCCUCAGCGUAGUGUAGCCUGCCGAAUGUGAAUCAUGACCUAAAUUGUACUGUUGUGUCCCGGCAAGUUUCGAUCAGUGUUUUGUAUACCUUGUUGUAGGACUAACAGCGCGAUUGAUUGUGUGUUAUCUAG